AUGGCAUUAGCUUUCAGUUUACUUGCAGAGCAUCCUGCAGCUUUAAAAGAGUUGACUGCUGAGAAUGAGGCACUUCUCAAAAACAGAGAAAAUCCAAAUUCCUCACUCACAUGGGACGAAUAUAAAUUGAUGACUUUCACUCGUCAGGUUGUCAAUGAAACUCUUAAACUGGGAAAUGUUGCACCUGCAUUGCUACGCAGAGCUUUGAAAGAUAUCCCAGUAAAUGGAUUUACAAUUCCAGCAGGUUGGACGAUUAUGGCUCUCACCUCUGCACUUCUACUAAGUCCCAACACAUUCAUGGAUCCCCUCGAGUUCAAUCCGUGGCGUUGGAAGGACCUUGACUCCCUUGUUGUAUCGAAGAACUUCAUGCCAUUUGGUCGAGGAUCGAGACAAUGCGCAGGGGCAGAGUAUAGUAGGCUGUUCUUGGCCACCGUUCUCCAUGUCUUGGUCACCAAAUAUAGCUGGAAAACGAUGACGCAUUGCUCGGAAGAAUAUGUUAGGAUUUGGGGCAAGCAUUCACAUUAA